CGAUUUAUCAGGCGAGUAGUAUAGCCAAUCGCAAAUCCUGUUUUAUUCCCCGCUCAGACUGCACUGUCAAUUACCCAUGUCUCACCAAUGCGCGCACAGCUGUGACAAAAUAAACCCCUGCCAGCCUCUUCCCAGCCUCCAGCCCCACGAGCAGCAGCCAGCCUUCCCAUGUGUAUUAACUGCCCACGCGGUCACCCUUCGGUACCAUCCACGAUAAUGCUAACAUUCCUCACGACUCCACUUGUCUUAGCGUUCCAAAGAUCAUGAGUGUGGAACCUGAAUACUGUCUCAAGCACACCAACGUAUCACGACCUCAACUCUCUCACUCGAGCUCACAACGAAGCAUUGCCGCAUCUCAAACCGCAUCAGAAGGCUAUUACAGCGCCUCUGAACACAACUCGAGCGACAGCGACGAACGAAAGCGACUUUUCCACAUACCCACUACCCGUACACCCACACGAAGUCAUGAGCAACUGCAGACACAGAACCAAGCCCCGGUAACAUCACUCAGAGGCGUGGGUAUCCCGAGAGGGCAACCUCGACAGUCUCACGCCGCACAUCUUCAAGUUCGUCCCAUCUCCACCAUCACAGAAGAGCGAAGGUCGAUGGACACCAGACGGCGGUCCAAUAUGGACCCAGAUUCGCAGGCUACCACGCCCGGCCAAGAUACAACACCUUACAUUCGGUUCGCCAUCGAUCAACUCACUCGAGAUGAGGAAGUUCGAGGGUCACGUGUGUAUCCUGAAGUACGGCAGUACGAGGAAGACUACCCUGUAGAGAGGAUAGUGUCCGACGAUGGUCUGGGAUACAUGGCGCAAGAGCAGGAGACGCAGAGAAGGAUGUCUGAGCACAUGUCGCCAAACUCCCACAGGCACUCCAAACGCCACUCGAUCCCUCGCAAGCCAGUUGCUGCGCCGCAGAAUGUCCAGUUCUCGUCGCCCGCCCCAGCGUACGAAUCGCCCGCUCGUACACAACAACAGCCCCAGUACUAUCAACAUCGAACACCAACACAAGCGCAGGCAGAAGCACUGUUACACGAUGACCCUCGCGUACAGUACCCACAAGCCUCGGCCUUCAGUGCAGAUAAGGACGUUUUCGUAGCGCAUGACCUCGACCAUCUGCCGCUGCACUUUGUUCCUGCAAUCCUCCGCCCUAUCCGGCUAGGAAUUUUUAUCUUCCUCUGCCUCCUCAUGCUGGCUGGACUUAUCGCAUCUGCCGUAUUGUCACUGCGCGACGGAGGCAACGGGCUAUGGAAUUACAACAGUUUCGGUGAUGGACGCUACUUCGUCUUCGAGUACCUCCCCACACUGCUCGGCAUGAUCGUCUUUCUCUGGCUCAUCCAGAUUCAGACCGCUCUGCAAAGAGUCAUACCAUUCUUGUCAAUGGCAUCAGACUCGUUUCACCGUCGUUCUGAGGCUGUCUUCCUUGAGCUACACCCUAUGCAGUUCCUGCUACCCAGGAUCGAGCACUUUCGCGCAGGCCACCCGGCUUUUGGAACCUGCUACGUCAUCUUUUGGCUUUUCGCAUGGACGAUACCCCUUCUUGCAGCUUCUUUCAAUGUGCGCUACGACCUGGCGAACUCUGUAUGGCGAUGGGUUGCCGUACAGGGUAUCAUCUGGACAGUCGUCGCACUGUACAUACUUCUCAUUGUUGCUUUGAUCGUCGUCCUGAUCACUUUGCGCAAACCCACCGGUCUUAGAUGGGACCCACGAUCCCUUGCCGAUAUCAUUGCACUCCUCGAACGCUCCAAUGUUAUGGCUGAAUAUGAAGGUUCUGAGACGUUCGCUAAAGGCGACUGGGACCGACUGCGCAACCGCGCUGAUCGCAUUGGAUACUGGAGCACAUCGAACCGCACCAACGAUAUCUUCUACGGUAUUGGCGAAGAGCACGGAGAGACGCGUCGAUCCUCCCUCGAAGAUGGCCGCAUCAAAGAAAAAGUGUCUGAUCGCACGUACCCUGAGCAAGCCCGCGAUGACCGCCCUGUCGAUUUCCACAUCCGAACGGACAUUCGCAGUCCUUCGGUGCGACUGCGCUUCCUGCCCUGGUACCUUAAAGAUGGCGCAGUAAUCGCAUACAUUGUAAUUGGUAUCGUCCUCCUUGUCGCUUUCUACGUCGUAAGCUACAUCAACUCCGCUGUGCGCCUGGGUUUCCUCCCAGCCGUCACAGCAAGCACAAACGCCGCCGGCUUCUCGACCUCGAACUUCCUCUACUCCUUCGUCCCCGCCGUCAUCGGAUUAUUCCUCUUCCUCGCCAUCCUAUCAGUAGACUACUCACGCCGCACCCUCCAGCCCUACAUGGCACUCUCCUCCGCCGGCGGCGCGACAGCAGAAUCGUCCCUCCUCCUCGACUACCCCUGCCGGCUUCCCAUCUCCAUCACACUUUCCGCACUCAUGAACCGACACUUCGCCACAGCCCUCCUCUCCUUCGUCUCGCUAGCCAGCAUCAGCAUUCCCGUCCUCGCCGGCGGCUGUUUCUGGACGCAGUACUACGGCUCCGACGACGUGGUCCGCGUCUCCGCCGACCUGCCGGGGUACUACGCGCUCUGCUUCUUCCUGGCUUUGUACAUUGUGGGCCUCCUCGCACUGCUGCCGGGCCGGAAGCGCGCCAAGCUGCCACAUGGGAGCAACAGCGUGGCUGAGAUGGUUAGCUGGGUGUACCAGUCCCCGAUUCUGGGGGAUCGGGCGUUCAACCGUCCGCAGACCAAGCCUGAGUUGGUGACCAAGCUGAUGGGGAACGCGUAUGCAGAGCGCUCGUUCGCGCAGAGCGUGAGGAGCCUGGUGCGAGGCGAUUCCCCAACGGAUCCUGCGCUGGGCGAGAGGGAGAAGAGACGUGUGGGUGUGCCGCAGCGGGAUAGCGUGACAGACCCGGGCGCGACGAGGUACGGGUUCGGUAUCUACGUUGGGCGGGAUGGGCUGGAGCAUCUGGGCAUCGAUCGUGUGCACCGCCGCGAUAGACCGACGGGACUGGUGAUUUGGGAGGAGCAGCAGGGUCACCCGAAGAGGAAGAAAAGCAAGAAGAGCAAGCGCGAUAGGAAGCACAGGAACGGGAGUGAGACUGAGAACAUGGUAUGAGAACCAGCCACGGAGGACGAUGAAGGGAUCUCACGACUUCUACGCAUCACGCAUUAUGACAUUUUCAACGGCGCAGCAAGGGCAUGGCAUGCAUGAAUGAUGUCUGCAUUUCGCAUGUAAUUAUUAGGACGAUAGAGAGACGACUUGGACCAUGUACGCGGCACGAACUAGCUGGUAAUUUGAG